UCCGGCCGCAUUUCAGAAGCGUACCAUCCAGCUGUCAACAUUCUAAACUCUUCCGUUCUUAAAAAAAAAACAACUACAGAAGAUACUUGAUCACUUUCUCUUUAAACUGACUCUGCACUGGAUUUAACCGGUUUCUGUCGUCGAUAUGCGGUUUACACAUCAUUUUAACGGUUAGCUUUUGGACUAGAUUCACUUUUACAUCGACUCUGCUCAUCAGAGAUGGAUAAAUUUGAAGGCUACAUCUUCACUGCUCUCUGCAGUGUCAACUUUUUAGCCUCGUGUCUGUUGUUCUCCAGAGUCACCCGAGAGCAGAGGGAACCGUACAUGGACGAGAUUUUCCAUGUCCCGCAAGCUCAGAAAUACUGUCAUGGAAAAUUCAACGAGUGGGACCCAAUGAUCACCACACUGCCAGGUCUUUACCUCAUCUCUGUUGGAGUCAUCAAGCCCGUGGCGUGGCUCUUUGACCUCACAGGUGAGAUGGCAUGUUCCACGGCCAUGCUGCGAUUCAUCAACGUGCUCUUCAACUGUGGAAACUUCUACCUGAUCUAUCUGCUCAUCUGUAAGCUGCACCUCAGAGAGAAGACACGAACGUCCUCACGCCGUCUGCUAUCAGCGCUGUCUCUGUCCACCUUCCCUGUGCUAUAUUUCUUCAACUUCCUCUACUACACUGACGCCGGAUCUACUUUUUUCAUCCUCUUCACAUACCUCAUGACUCUCUAUGGCUGCCACAAGGCCUCAGCUUUCCUGGGUGUCUGCUCCGUGCUCUUCCGCCAGUCUAACAUCAUCUGGGUGGCCUUCUGUGCAGGCACGUUGGUGGCCGCCAAAAUGGAUGAAGCCUGGAAGGUGGAGCACACGAAAAAGAGGGAUGAGAAAUCUCCACCAUCUCAAGUUCCUCUGUCAUUCAGUGGAGUUAAGAAAAUAACACUGUUCAUGCUGGAGUUCAUCACCUCCCCAGGUCAUGUGAAGGCAGUGCUACUGGUGACCUGGCCGUAUGCAGUGGUUGGCAUUGGUUUCCUUGUGUUUGUGCUGCUGAAUGAUGGAAUUGUGGUGGGCGACAGGACGAGUCACGAGGCUUGCCCAAACUUCCCUCAACUCUUCUACUUCUUCUGCUUCACCCUUUUUUUCUCCGGCCCCGUCUCACUUUGUUACCACCGUGUCCUCCGCUUCCUGCAGGCUCUGAAAAAGCAGCCUUUGCUCUUUCUCUUGGUCACUGGCGUCUGCUUGCUCUUGGUGUGGAAGUUCACUUUCAUUCACAAAUAUCUCCUGGCAGACAACCGCCAUUAUCCUUUCUAUGUGUGGAAAAAUAUUUACCAGAGGCACAAGUUGAUUCCUUUCCUCCUCAUCCCAGUGUACGUGUUUGCUGGGUGGAAUUUCCUCGACUCCUUCAAGUCACGCUCGCUGUUCUGGAGUUUGGCUUUCGUGGUUUGUCUCCUGGCAGCCAUGGUCCCCCAGAAGCUGCUGGAGUUCAGGUACUUUAUUGUUCCCUACCUGAUGUACCGCCUGCACAUGCCUCUGCCUUCACUUCCCAGACUCAUUGCAGAGUUUCUUCUCUACAUUGUGGUCAAUGCCGCCACAAUUUACAUUUUCCUCUCCAAGACUUUCCUCUGGCCCGACAGCACAGCCACACAGAGGUUCAUGUGGUGAAAACAAGAGGCAAGUGAAGGAGUGUCAGAUUGAUCAUGGGUUACUGGACUUUAGGGAUUUUCCCAGAGCUACGACUAAAGAUUAUAUUUUUAAAAAAUGGACAUAGUCUUCCAGUUUUGGUGAAUUUGUGUUAGCAAAAAAUUUUACGUCCUCCAAUCCAAAAUCUCAAGGCUUCACAAUGGCAGUUCAGACUGGAAGACUACUUUCACUUUUUUAUAUACAAUCUAUAACAAAAACACAACGCGCCUGAAAAUCAAAGCAAAAUUGUGAAUCAGUUCACAAAUACGUGAAUAUGACCAAUAAUUAAAUUCAAAAAUAAUUCAAGUUUUUGGCUUAGAUGACACAAGUGAAGUGUAUUCAUUGGAUCUGAUCUGAAUUUACAAUGUAAAGAAGUUGUGUCUAUGGUUCUUAAAUGUAAAUUUACCUGGAUGAAAAAAAUUUACUUUGACAGGGUCUUUUUGUUUGUUUUUGCAACUAACGAGACCAUGUGUACUUUUCUUAUGGCAAAUACUUUUCUACUGUAAAUGUGAAUCAAUCUGUGAAUAGAUAACUGUUGAUAUGAAACAUGUAAAUAUGAUUCAAGAGACCAAAAAUGCUUUUUUUGCCAG